ACACACACUCACACUCACUCACACACUCACACAUAUCAGACAGUUGAAGACGCUGCAGAAACCCUCUCCAGCAGGAAUAUAUCAACCUCCAGCUACGUCCGAAACUAAUUCUGGCACCUUAAAGUGACCUCUAUCACCGCCGCCAACAGCUAAGAAUGGCGUCCCAGCGCUUCAGCUGAACCUCACCUGCUGACUGACCCCUCCCAGCGUGUAGAAACAUCAACAAUCAGCUGAUAGGACCACCCAUCCUCCCAUCAGUUUCACCCCAAACCUUCAGUGUAAAGUUUGGAAGGAGGUCGCUCCGCCGCCGCCACCACCACCACAGUCCGGCCUCGCUGUCCCCGCCUCGCAGAUCAUGAUGUUUCGCGACCAGGUGGGCGUGUUAGCCAGCUGGUUCAAAGGGUGGAACGAGUGCGAGCAGACGGUGGCUCUGCUGUCCCUGCUGAAGAGGGUGAGCCGGACCCAGGCCCGCUUCCUGCAGCUCUGCCUGGAGCACUCCCUCGCCGAGUGCACCGAGCUGCAGGUCCUGGAGGCGGAGGCCAACAACCCAGGGCUGAUCAGCCAGUGGCAAGGUGAGUCUAAGGAGCGAGUCAUCUCCCUCGUCCUCACCCAUCUCCCGCUGCUCAAACCCGGCAACGUGGAAGCCAAGGGGGAGUACAUGCGCCUGCUGCCACGCAUCCUGGCCCACACCAUCGAGCACGGCCGCCACCUGGAGGAGUCCCGCCAGCUCCUCUCCUACGCCCUCAUCCACCCGGCCACCUCCCUGGAGGACCGCUCCGCCCUGGCGCUCUGGCUCAACCACCUGGAGGAGAGGGCCGCCGCCCGGGGAGACUCGCUGGAGAGGCCUCCUCCCUCUGGACAGCACCACCACCACCACCACCACCAGUCCACGCCUCCAUCUACGCUCUCCUCAUCGGGGUCGUCCUCCUCCACUAACACCUCCUCCUCAGGCAACCCCUACUCCCUGCACCACCACCAGCGCUACGGCUCCGACGACCGCCUGAAUGGGUGGCAGAGCUCCAGGGACUCGGGGCUGGGUGGAGGCUGGCAUCAGCAGCAGCAGCAGGGCGUUGAGAACGGGCACCUCCUUCUCUACCCAUCAUCCUCUGUGCCUGCAACCAUCAACGCUUUGGGAACCAGUGGAGGCGGCAACACCACCCUGACGAGUGGCGGUGGCAGCCAGCAGCACAGCCCCCUGAAGCGCUCCGUGUCCCUCACGCCUCCCAUGAGCGGACCCAACAACCAGCCUCUGGGCCACGUCUGGCUGUCCCAGGAGGACCUGCGGACCGCCAGAGGCCCGGCCCCGGACCACGCACCCCUCUCACCCCAGAGCAGCAUCGCCUCCUCGGGCAGCGGAGGCAGCGAGCACCUGGAGGAGGCCGGUUUAGGAGGAGGCUCGGGCCUCCAUCGCAGCUCCUUCCAUGACGAGGGCAGCGGCAUGAGGGAUGUUCCAGCCUGGCUGAAGAGUCUCCGCCUCCAUAAGUACGCCGCUCUCUUCUCCACGAUGACCUACGAUGAGAUGAUGUCGCUGACUGAAGAACAGCUAGAGGCACAGAAGGUCACUAAAGGAGCACGGCACAAGAUUGUUAUCAGCAUUCUGAAACUCAAAGAGAGGCAGAACCUGCUGCGCAGCUUGGAAAAGGAUGUGUUGGAGGGCAGCAAUCUGCGCGCCCCGCUGCAGGAGCUCCACCAGAUGAUCAUGACGCCCAUCAAGGCUUUCAUCGGCGGCGAGGAGGCCUCCCUGCAGCGCUCCCUGCUGGGGCCCGAGAGCAAGAGCGCAGCGCCCGGCGCCCACCUGACCGGGGUCGGCGGAGGGGAGGCGGAGUCAGGCUCAAGCGUCAUCGCCGAGGGGGAUCUACCCGGCCAGUUCACUCGAGUCAUGGGCAAAGUUUGUACCCAGCUACUGGUGUCGAGGUCAGACGAGGACAACAUCAGCUCCUACCUACAACUCAUCGACAAGUGCCUUAUCCAUGAGUCCUUCACCGAGACGCAGAAGAAGAGGCUGUUGUCAUGGAAACAACAGGUCCAGAGGCUGUUCAGGUCCAUUCCAAGGAAAACCCUCCUCGACUUAGCAGGGUACCGAUCGCAGAGGAGCCGUUUCGGACAGUCCAACUCUCUCCCCACCACUGGCUGUGUCGGGGGCAGCGUGUCGGUCCGGAGGAGCCUUCGACAGUUCCAGAUGCCCUCCAGGAGUCUGCCGGGGGCCCGGCCCCUACUGGGCAGCGGGGGGCUGCUGGGACCAACACCUCGCAGCUCCAGCAGCACACCCACCGGCCCCAAGCAGGGCAGACAGGGUCUCUGGUUCGCCAACCCCGGAGGAAGCAACAGCAUGCCCAGCCGGACCCACAGCUCCGUGCAGAGGACCCGCUCACUGCCGGUCCACACCACGCCACAAACCAUGGUCAUGUUCCAGCAAGCCGAUCUUCAGUUACCGGUGACGGAGCCAGACAUCAACAAUCGCCUCGAGUCUCUGUGUCUGAGUAUGACAGAGCACGCCUUGGGAGACGGAGCCGACCGCACGUCAACAAUAUGAACCGAGGACCUGAGUUGAGACGGUUGGACGGUCGCCGGUUCUGGAGGCUCUCUCUCGAUACGUCACCUGGAGGUCACCGACCCUCCUGUCCCCCCCCCCCCC